CUCUUCGGGCUAGAACAGGGGUUUGCUGUUACCAAGUGAUAAGUGAUCUAACUCAAACUGGGAAGAAGAGAUGACAUCUGGUAAGAAGGGUAUCAUUGAGCGUCUGAAUGCUGGGGAGGUGGUGAUUGGCGACGGAGGCUUUGUGUUUGCUCUCGAGAAGAGAGGCUAUGUGAAGGCCGGGCCAUGGACUCCUGAGGCUACUGUCACACACCCUGAGGCUGUGCGGCAGCUGCACAGGGAGUUCCUGAGAGCAGGAUCUAAUGUCAUGCAGACAUUCACCUUCUACGCCAGCGAUGACAAACUGGAGAACAGGGGUCAGAACUUAAAAAUCUCUGGGGCAAAAAUCAACGAGGCAGCCUGUGACCUGGCACGAGAAGUCGCCAGUGAAGGAGAUGCCAUAGUAGCUGGUGGAGUGUGUCAGACUCCUUCCUAUCUUAGCUGCAAGAGUGAGAUAGAAGUAAAGGCCAUCUUCAAGAAACAGCUGGAGGUGUUCUUGAAGAAGAAUGUGGAUUUCCUGAUUGCUGAGUACUUUGAGCAUGUUGAGGAAGCAGAGUGGGCUGUGCAGGUGCUCAAGGCCAGUGGAAAGCCUGUGGCUGCUUGUAUGUGCAUCGGACCAGAUGGAGACAUGCACGGUGUCUCACCAGGAGACUGUGCCGUCAGGCUGGUGAAGGCCGGCGCCCAGAUUGUGGGAAUCAACUGCCACUUUGACCCUGAAACCUGCGUGAAGACUGUGAAGUUGAUGAAGGAGGGAGUGGAGAAGGCGCGGCUGAAGGCUCACUACAUGGUGCAGCCUCUGGCAUUCCACACCCCAGACUGCAGCUGCCAGGGAUUCAUCGAUCUGCCAGAAUUCCCCUUUGCCUUGGAGCCCAGGAUCCUGACCCGCUGGGACAUGCAUACGUACGCCAGAGAGGCCUACAAGGCUGGCAUCCGCUUCAUUGGAGGCUGCUGUGGGUUUGAGCCUUACCACAUCAGGGCUAUAGCUGAGGAGCUGGCCACUGAGAGAGGGAUCCUUCCCCCAGCCUCAGAGAAACAUGGAAUGUGGGGUUCUGGUCUAGAGAUGCAUACCAAACCCUGGGUCAGAGCCAGGGCUCGUCGCGAUUACUGGGAGCACAUCGCUCCCGCAUCCGGACGUCCCAAGUGCCCGUCCUUGUCCACACCGGAAGGCUGGGGUGUGACCAAGGGCCAUGCUGAGCUCAUGCAGCAUAAAGAGGCCACCAGCAGUCAGGAGAUAAAGCAUCUGAUGGAGAUGCAGAAGAAGGCCAAGUCAUCUGCAUGAGCAAGAAGAGGAAACCGAGGCACCCAUACCUGCAGUUUGUCCACAAGAGAGCGACGGGGGAAGGAGGGAAGUCUUUCUGGGUUCAGUUUGGAUGUCAAAAGCACUUGAAACAUAACCCUAUGUAAACGCCCAAAAAUAAACCUGAGUUUGUCACCUAUGUUUAUGUGUUGUCAUUGGGGAAUAAGCACUUUUAGACUGUUCCAUUCUAAGAAAGAUAUAAAACAGUGUCUUGUACCAUAAAUACAAACCCCAAUUCCCAUGAA